AUGAUCGAAAACAGCGCUUCGCAAGCCUUGAUGAAGUCGCAGAGCUUGCUUCACAGGACGAAGCGAAAAUUCCACAAGGCGUUCUCGCUGGUGUUGGGUCGUAGUCAGAAAGUGCAGCCCAUGGUUGAGAAGGAAGAAUGGCACGAAAGUGGUGGUGUGAGAAUCGUUGAAGGAUUUCUGUCUGGAUCAUGGUCUAGCCGUGUGUGUAGUCUAGCUCCUGCAGUUCACCCGUGGCUGAAGGCGGUUCAGAGCAGAUACUUGGUCGGACAUGCAGCCUUCGGACAAGGUCUCAUGCAACUGGAGAGGUGCGAAUUCGAAGAUGCCUCGGCAUCCUUGGAAGGUGCCUGGUCCGUUUGGAAGGAAGUCUUUUUGAAGGAUGCAGUGAGCAGUUCAGAUUCCGACACGAGUGAACUUGCUGAAGAGGAUCAAACUGAUCAACAUGAACCAACUGCUGGCUCCUCCUGCAGCUCCAGCUCUAGCCGCGGGAAACGCCACACCGCAACUUCCGGCCACGGGAAACUCCGGGCCUCGAAGCACUCGCCUGCGGCGGCCUGUGCGGAACGCUUCUUUCGGGCCAAGGGAUGCCAAAGCCUCGGGAAAAACUCAGGCGGCCGGUUGCCUCCCAAACGAGUGGGUACCUCUACUUCGGAGGCUUCCUUGGCCUUGAGAGGUUUCGCCGAUGAACCCGACGCCUUGAGUGAAGAAACGGCUGCGAUUGGUGUCGAUUGGCCUCCGGUGCAUCACUUGGACACCUUCGCCAGUUGCUUCAACGACGCUUUGGCACUGCGGAUUCAAAAAGAGGCGGAGGACGAAGCCUUUGCCUGCGCCUUGGAAGCGCAACAGGCGCUGGGACGAGGCAAACCACUGAUUGAGUCUGACGAUGAAAUCCCAGAGGAAGGGGAAGGGGAGCAAGAGCAGGAGGAAGAAGAUUUGAGCACAGAAGCUUACCACCGGAGGAUGUACAAGAGAGAUGUGCAGAUGAUGAUGAAACCAGAGUCCAAAGCUACCCCGCCACGGAUCAUUGGUGCCAAGCCUCAAUUCCACCAUUUUCGCCGCUUGAUGCGUGGCUUGUGCCAUUGCUACGUGCGCUUGCGGCGCUGGGUGGAGCUGGAUAAUUUGAUCGAGGAAGCCAUGCCGUACUUCGGACACCCCGUGGGGAGCUUGAGACCAUCGAGUCAGAAGUUCAAGACACCAGCCAUGGAGGACUUGUGGAUCAGUUUGACUCUGCAAGAAGCCAUCGCUUGCCUCUUGGUGGGUCAGGAUCACUUCCCCAAGGCUCGGAGGCUCAUCGAACUCGUGCGGAACAUCGAACCCAAGCGCCGGUCCCUCGCCUGCGCCUUUCGGAGCAUUCGCUUCCUUCAGGAGCAGGUACAAUCUGGCACGCAUGGGCUGACUGUGGCAGACAAAGAUGUGCUGCUGACCAAUGCAUUCAUUGCGCUGAAGGAGCAUAGUUCACGGACGAUGCUCAUGUACCUCAAGUUGGUCACUGCAGGCGCCGUCAAUGCCCUGUUUUAUCAGGGUUCGGCCCUGUCAACGAAGACUGAGAGCGAAGAGUGCCGUGAGCCCGAAACGCCUUUCCUGCAGGCCAUGCGCGCCUUUGCCAUUGGCAUUUUUUCAGCGCUCGUGGGCGACUUGUUGACCCUGAUCCUUUGGAAGGUGCAAAAGCGCCCGUCAGUACUCAGUGAACCGUGGUCGGAAGAGGUGGAGGAACGGACUUUGCGCAGGUGGAAGCGGCGCUUGCGUGUAUUUUGGUGUGUCUCUCUGGGGCAUUGUUUUUUCUGCUUGUUCUACAUCUUCACCUUCCUGGCAAAUGUCACUCAAGAAGAUAGCAACAAGUGGUUGGUAGCAACCCUGGUGAGUUUGGUGGAAGAUCUGCUGAUGCUGCCCGUUACCUUGGCUGUGAGCUUCGGCUCAGUUGCAACUUUGCUCCUUUUCUUCAGGCCGGAUGUGAAGGCUGAUAUCCGUGCCCGGUGGAUUGAUGAAGAUACAGGGCAGCUCGGACUUGGCCGGGAGGAUUAG